ACAUCUCUCAAGUUUAUCAAUCACAAAAAGUACUGCUAUAAUUUCACAGGUAGAUAUUAAUAGUAUUUACGUGGAAAUUAGAGCUGUACAAUAGCGGUGUGCUGUGCUUAUGACAUGACGUCAUGGAAACUGAGCCAAUGAAGAUGUUUGAAAGAUUGCGUCAUCGCUGAGUAUCCAAUCAGAGGAAGAGUCGCCAGCCUCUCUGUACCGCGCACUAGCCAAUUGGGGGCGAGUUUUGAUCCUGCCAAGUCUGGUUUACAGCCUGAGUCAGGAGGGGACUUGUGUGUUGAUAUACGUGAAUAAAUCCCAAUACAUUGUCAAGUGCUGCCCCGUUACUUAUUAUAAAUAAACAAAAUAAAGCAACAGUAGGCUUAUUGUUGGAGAAAACUUGAAUGGAGUGAUACACUGUGAUGAUGUGACAGGAAGAACCACCCGUAUCUCGCCUUGGUGACAGUACUCAAUCUAUUUGUGUAACGCGUAAACAUCACCAAGAUAAAAAGCGCGACAGACUUUUGACGUGUGUUGAUAGCAUAAAUUUUCCGCACAGUGAAGAGUGAGUGACUUUUAAGUUUCUGCUUAACCCACAAGGACACGUGUCACAAUGCUGCUGUACGCUCGUAAAAAGUUCUUGCGGGACGAACGUGUCCUGCAGCUGGUGCUGUUGCUGAGUUUGCUGCGUGGGGACCCUGACAGUCUUCUGGGGAGUCUGGGGGCCGCGCCCCUCGCAGACCUGCCCCAUGACCUCAUCCUGGGGUCAUCGCUGGGUCACGCCCGCCCAUCCUCCCCUAUGAUCAUGGGUGCUGAUCUUCACCCUAAGAAUAUGGAUCGAAUCCUGGCUGACUACCAGCGGUCAGUAUUGGAAGAUCUGAAUGCCUUGGGUCGCUACAGCUGGCCGCCACCGCGGUCACCCGUGCAAGCUUUCCUUCUCAACUCCCACACCUCGUUUCCUUCACCGCCGUCAGCAGACACCCCAGAUCAUCACCAGCCAGCUGCAGAUCCCGCCACUCAGCCCAGCCACCUCCUGUCAGAUUCCUCACAUCAGUACAAUCUCUCUGAUGAUCUCACGCCGGAGGACUUGGCACUUAUCGAGGCUCUGUGGAAGCAGGAUGUUGACCUUGGAGUACCACGGGAAGUGUAUGAAGAUGAUAGAACUGAGAGCCACACUGACUCCCCCUCUAAAGACAAGGACCAUGGCAAGAAGCCCAAGAGUGACACCACCAUUGAUGAGAAACCUGAGGACAACCUCUGGCUGCAACUCAACUUUACUGUGGACUCUGAGACAGGUGAGCAUUUACUGUCUCCUGAGAACCACAUCAGCGGAGGAGACGUGACCCUUGACUCUGUGUCUCCUCUCAACUCUCCGUCCUUCACCCUCAAUGAGACAGUACCAGACUUCAAUCUUGACUUCAACCUUGAUGAAGCCUUGAAAUUUGUUGGACUGAACUGCUCUGAGACUGGGGAAACUGUCUGGAAGCCCUCAGAGCCUGAACCCACCUCUGACAACAAGGAAAGCCCUGGUAAGGAGAAGGAGGACAGUGAGGACAGCUUAGACACCUUGAACGACACCCUGGACGAUAUGAUCCAGGCCUCCCAGCUUCAUCCUCAACACCCGCGCUCACUACAGGUAAGAAACACAGACCAGUGAACUUCAGUACUGAGAUCUACCAAACCGUAAGUGUUAUGCAUCUAGUUGCCUCUGUACCCCAAUGAUCUUGAUGCUACAGGUGACUGGAUUGCUCAGGCCUUUAGAACGGUAACCCCUAUAGGAAAAGACGAACAGAAUAGACAGUAUCCACCACAAUACUAAUUCCUACAUCCAGCACACCACAUUCUCUCCAGGAACUCCUUCACUGCCUCAGUUAUCCUUUCAUUUGCCUCUCCACACAGUCCCAACAGCAUUCACCUGUAGCAUCUUGAUCUUAAUAUUGGAAUAGACAGUUUGGGUGGAAGGAGAAGACUUCAAGAAUAGUGAAUGAGAAAUAAUAACCGGAAGAAUGAUAGAUGCAAUACUUCUUAUUUUAAGGUGUUAAUUUUUUUUUUUAAUUAUACUUCUCAGCUUUUACUUGUGUGUUGGGAAUUAUUCUCCAGUGUCUAUUGGUUUUAUUGCAGUUUUUUCCCCUGUAUAUUGAUCUGCUUUUACUUGCUUUGUUUGUUUAGGAUUUUACGCAUCAUCUCCCCAUUAUUUACUUGCUCCACAUCCUCCUCCUCCUCCUCCUCCUCCUCCUCCUCCUCCGGAGAGAGAGAGAGAGAGAGAGAGAGAGAGAGAGAGAGAGAGAGAGAGAGAGAGAGAGAGAGAGAGAGAGAGAGAGAGAGAGAGAGAGGGGAUAGUGUUGAGGGCAAUGAUCUUUAUUUACGGUAAUGGCGAAGGAGGAAGCUUACAAAGGAUUUCAGACAGUAACAGACUCCAAACUCUUUACUAAACUGUUAUAUUUCACUACGAGGAGGAAGAGGAGGAGGAAGAGGAGCAGGAGGACAAGAAGAGGAGGAGAAAGAGAAGAGGAGAAGGAGAAGGAGAUGAAGAGAAGGAGGAGGUAAUGAUUUUUUUUGUCAGUAGUGGUGGAAGUGCUUGUGACUUGUGGUGAUUGUGGCAGCAGCAUCAGCAGCAGCAGCAACAACAGCAGUAGUAGUAGUAGUAGUAGUAGUAGCAGUAGUAGUAGUAGUAGUAGUAGUAGCAGUGGUAGUGAUGGUCGGUGGUGGUGGGCACAAGGGUCGGUCAGGUGUCUGUUUGCAUAGCGGAGGAAGUCUGUUGUUUUAACCCUGAUCCAGUGAACGUACAUCAGAGCUACACCCGGGCUACACCCACCACACCCUCCCUGCCUACACUCCACUCCACUCCUCGCACUGCCUACACCCACCACAUCUCUUAGGACCAUAUACUGAAACGCUUCUGCGCCGCACCUCCACUACUUUCAAAAUCCUUUACUUGAAGUUUUUAAAGGGCGAUUUUAAGGUUCUAGUGACAAAAUAACAAGAUUUCUACAUUAUUAACAGGAGAAACACUCUUGAGAACCUGGCUUAUCAUCUCUAUGGCCUUUAAAAAUUGCCGUGAUGAGAUAGUGGAGCGUUUCUGUAUAGGAGCCUUUGCUACACUCACUAUUCUGUGGCUACACCCCGCGACACUCUUCCCAGCUCCCUGCGCCGCACACAUUCUGGCUUCACAUCCUGACCACUUUUUAGUCUCGAGAAUAGCUGCUAAUAGAUUCUCAUUAAAACAUAAACCGGAGUAAAAGCAGCCGUGUUAAAAGACUGAAUAUAGAAGAACUUGAGUAGGAGUUGAGAAUUGUUUAAAAGUGAGGCAUUUUAUUCCCUUUGUUACAUUAGAAAUUCUCGUGGGAAGAAGGGAAGUAAAAAGUAAAAAGCUGUCUCGAUGCCUUCCCCACAAAGAAGUACAGUAGAGAAGAUUUGCAUGACUGAGUGAUUAAAAAAGAAAGAAAAAAACUGCACUAUUUGGUUUAUUCUGUCAACCAUCUCGGAAACAAAUCCGCUUUUCAUUGAUUUUUAUCUUAUCAUUUAAUCUUUACCUUAUUCUCUGAUCAUUUAAUCUUUACCUUAUUCUCUGUAACUAUUCUUCCCACUGGUUUUCAUUAAUCACUAUUUUAUCUCUGUGUCCCAUCCUUUCUCUCCGCUGUCUUUGAACCGACUGAAGCGGAAAUAUUUUUGGCAUUAAACCUUCGCAUUAUGUCUCCACGAAAUACGUGGAAGGACUUGAGACUGCGAUUUCCAUUUCCCGCGGAAUGAUAACCACUUCCGGGUCAAGUGAUUGCUUGUGUGUGUGUUCACCCCACUGCCAAGAUAAUUGUGUCUGGCAAGGAAACAUGCAUUCCAUUCACUUUCUCUUAUCGCAAAUCUGCAAAAUUCGAAAGUUAGGCAUAAUUAUGAUAAAUUUGUUAUCAUUUAUCGCAGUCAUUUCCUUAAUUUUGUAUGUAAGAGGCACUCUGGCCAAGGGCAACGACGACAAAAAAAUAAUCUGCUGAAGGAAUACAAAAGGAGACAGAGAGUUCUAAGUUUGCUAGUAAAAGGAUAUUUAGACACUGCAUGAUUACUCUGUACUCUAAAAAAAAAAAAAAAAAAAACUUUUUGAGGAAUAAAAUUUCUGUCCCAAAUCUUAAUGUAAGGAGCAAGGGAACCGAGGAGAGAAUUUGCAUUUUAAAAGUAGACUGUAGUUUUAUUAGUACAACGAGAGAAACUGAGAAAAAAAUAAGCACUCAGUCUGUCAGUCUACACAUUACACACCAUGCAUACACCCAUUAAGUGGCCUCCUUCAUCACCACCUACGCUUUUCCCGCCAGCCACCACUUCAGUCACUAUUCACACGCCUCACUCAUUGCUCACUCACCGCAUUCACCGCAAUCACCCCGCAUCUCGCUCCGUAGUACCUCUCUAGAACCUACUGCUCGCCUCUCCCUUAUGUAAUACUUGUAUGUCAUAAGUCACUGAGGAGAUCAGACGCCUCCAAUACUCGGUGUAAUAACUGAAACAUGUUAAUUUUCCUGUUUAUAUUCAUAGAUACCUACAUUGUCUGCUACUACUACUACUACUACUACUACUACUACUACUACUACUACUACUACUACUACUACUACUACUACUACUAC